CAGGUGUCUGCGCGCGAGCAUUUCCAUAUGAGCGCGCGCAUCUCAGCGGUACAGUCAGACUGGCCAAAUCACGCAUUCACACACACUCAACUUUUUCCUUCUUAGAGAAGGCUGCCAACAAGGAACUACGAGACUCUAUCUGUGUUUUACCAGUGCAGGAUUUCACAUCGUCAGUUGCUUGUCAUGCAAGUUCACAUCGCCAGCAUCCUGAUGUGCGGAGCCUCCGUGGUGCUGACCAUGUUUAAUGUAUCAGAGGAUCAGCCCUACUGCCCGCUGGGAUAUUUCCCCUGUGGAAACCUCAGCACCUGCCUUCCUCAAGUGCUGCACUGCAACGGCGUGGAUGACUGUGGAAAUCAGGCAGACGAGGAAAACUGUGGAGACAAUAAUGGCUGGCCACAUCUCUUUGAUAACUAUUUUGGCAUCCCCAGUAAUAACCUUGGAAACAAGUCAAACGCCUGCUUGCUCGGGACCGUCCCGGCUGAGUGCCAGUGCAGAGAUCUGGAGCUGGACUGUGAUGGUGCACACUUUAAAGACGUCCCAAUGGUAUCCAUUAAUGUCACCAUGAUGUCCCUGCAGAGGAACGGGCUGAGGAAACUAAACGCUGACAUGUUCUUGAAGUACCAGAGCCUUCAAAAGCUGUACCUCCAGCACAACCGCAUUAAAUCAGUUCACCCGCAGGCAUUCAGAGGCCUUUACAAUCUGACCAGACUGUAUCUCAGCUACAAUCGGAUCACAACUCUUCUCCCUGAUGUUUUCCAGGAUUUACACAAACUAGAGUGGCUGAUUCUGGAGAACAACAGCCUUCAUCACAUCUCCUCUUUGACCUUCUCGGGUCUUCGCUCUCUUGUGCUGCUAGUGCUGUUGAACAAUGCUCUCACAAAACUGGAUGAUAUCUGCCUGGAGAUGCCACGGUUAAAUUGGCUAGACAUUGAGGGAAAUAAGAUGGAGACGGUGGGAAACGUGACCUUCAGGUCGUGUAACAUGCUAACAGUGCUGGUCCUGCAGCGGAACCGCAUCAGUCGCAUCCACGCGCAAGCUUUCUCUCUGCUGCGGAAACUGGGAGAGCUGGAUUUGUCCAGUAACAGAAUCGAAGCGAUCCCGCCUGAUCUAUUCGUCAAUCUCGGAGACCUGCUGCAGCUGAAUAUUUCAUAUAACCCGAUCAUGAACCUGCGGGUGGACCACUUUGACAAGCUGCAUAAGUUAAAGUCACUGAGCAUUGAGGGAAUCGAAAUUGGGAACAUUCACAGACGGAUGUUUGAACCUCUCAAGAACCUGACUCACAUCUACUUUAAAAAGUUCCAGUACUGUGGUUAUGCUCCUCACGUCCGCAGCUGCAAACCCAACACUGACGGCAUCUCGUCUUUCGAGGACCUUCUGGCCAACAUCGUGCUGCGUGUCUUCGUCUGGGUGGUUUCAGCAACAACAUGCUUCGGCAACAUCUUUGUGAUCUGCAUGCGCUCCUACAUCCGCUCCGAGAACAAGCUCCACGCCAUGUGCAUCAUCUCUUUAUGCUGUGCAGACGGCCUGAUGGGUGUUUAUCUGUUCAUGAUCGGCGCGUAUGACCUGAAGUUUCGCGGCGAGUACAACCGUCACGCUCAGGCCUGGAUGGACAGUGAGGCCUGUCAGGUGAUCGGCUCUCUGGCCAUGCUGUCCACCGAGGUGUCAGUGCUGCUGCUCACGUACCUCACGCUGGAGAAGUACAUCUGCAUCGUGUACCCAUUCCGCUACCUGACGCCCGGCCGCCGCCGCACUGUCACCAUCCUCGUGGUCAUCUGGGUUCUGGGCUUCAUUAUCGCCUUCCUGCCUCUGCUCUUUAAAGGCGUUUUCAGAAACUUCUAUGGAACAAACGGAGUGUGUUUUCCUCUGCACUCGGAGCAGCCGGAGACACUCGGAGCUCAGAUUUACUCCAUCGUCAUCUUUCUAGGUCUCAAUCUGGUGGCUUUUCUCAUCAUCGUGCUGUCUUACGGAAGCAUGUUUUACAAUAUCCAGAGGACAGGAACGCAGACCACCAAAUACAGCAACCACAUUAAGAAAGAGCUGACCAUCGCCAAGCGCUUCUUCUCCAUCGUCAUCACCGACUCGCUGUGCUGGAUUCCCAUCUUCAUCCUCAAGAUUCUCUCACUUAUGGAGGUCGAGAUCCCUGGAACCAUCAGCUCAUGGGUGGUCAUCUUCAUUCUGCCCAUCAACAGCGCUCUGAACCCCAUCCUGUAUACACUGACCACGAGGCCCUUUAAAGAGACUCUUCUCCAGGUCUGGUCAAACUACAGACAAAGGAGACCCCUGUUCAGCAGCCGGCCGCCGCAUCUGCCCUCCUUCACCUGGCAGGAGAUGUGGCCCCUGCAGGAAAACAGCCAGACCCUGUGCUCGCACCCAUCUGACAUCUGCAACACCACACACUUACUGCCUGUGGAGGCGUCCAACGGCACGUGAGGGCAUCAGAAGGGCGUCCCCUUCACCUCACAGACACGGUUUCAUUCAGAUCGGACAUACUGCUUUAUUUUAAAUGUGUGUUGAUGUUUAUGUGCAGGAGAGCUGAUGGGCUGCUGAUCAGGAGGGAGUCAAGGGACCCUUUUCAUUAGAUGGUUUUGAGAGUCAUCAGCAUCUUAAGUCAUGAAAUGGAGGUUAAAACUGUGCUUUGUUUCCAUAGUGACGUACAUUCACUUAAAAUGAUAAAAAAAAGUUAGGGCGGAGCAUGAUAUCAUUCUUUGCGAACCAAUUGGAUUGUUGAACGAUGGGUGUUGCUAACAAAAUAAAGGAAGAUUGACGUAUGGAUGAAUACAAAGAAGAAAUGAGACAUGCCCUGAAAGCCCCACCCUGAAGCACUGAUAGCCCCGCCCUAAGGCAUUGAUAGCCCCACCCUAAAGCACUGAUAGCCCCACCCUAAAGCACUGAUAGUCCCGCCCUAAGGCACUAAUAGCCCCCACCUUAAACACUGAUAGCCCCGCCCUAAAGGAUGGAUUCCCCAACGCCAAAUAUCUUGGAACUGAGGCCAGCCAUAUCACCCUGCAGCCCAAGACCGGGUACUGACUGAAGCUACGCAGGGAUGAGCCUGGUCAGUACCUGGAUAGGAGACCACAUGGGAAAACUAGGUUGCUGUUGGAAGUGUUGUUAGUAAGGCCAAACUAUUCCAGUAUAUGUUUUACACAGUGGAUGCCCUACCAGCUGCAACCCAGUACUGGGAAACUCUCAUGUGCACACAUUCACAUUACGGCCAAUUAAGCUUAUUCAAUUCAUCUAUAGUGCAUGUGUUUGGACUGUGGAGGAAUCCGGAGGACCCGGAGAAAACCCACGCCAAAAUGGGGAGAACAUGCAAACUCCACAUAGAACUGACCCAGCCGAGGCUCAAACCAGUGACCUUCUUGCUGUGAGGCAAAAGCGCUACCCAUUGUGCCACCGCACAACCAAAACUAUUCAAAACAACACUAAAAGUAUUACACCAUUCAUUCAUUUUUCUUUGACCUAGUCACUUCAUUCAUCAGGGGUGACCACAGCGGAAUGAACCGCCAACUAUUCCGGCAUAUUUUUUAC